AUGAAAGAAGUAGGAAUAUCAGAUUAUGAGCCACGGGUAGUAAAUCAACUCCUGGAGUUUAUUUAUCGUUAUGUGACUUGCAUUUUGGACGAUGCGAGAGUAUUCGCAAACCACGCUAAAAAGAAGACUAUAGAUCUUGACGAUGUAAGAUUGGCUGUUCAAAUGCAGCUCGACAAGUCGUUCACGAGUCCUCCGCCUCGCGAAGUAUUAUUGGAGAUCGCUAGAGUGAAAAAUGUGAAUCCACUGCCAUUGAUAAAACCGCAUUGUGGGUUACGGCUUCCUCCUGAUAGAUACUGCCUUGCAGCAUGCAACUACAGGCUGAAGCCAGCCACUAAGAAAGUGAUAACAAAACCUCCUGUGCCCAGUGCCCCUACGAUCAAAACUGUGACUACCCCAAAACCUAAUACAAGUCAGCAGAACGUUGUUGUGAAAAGACCUCAAGGGACCAUUGUUAAUGUUUCUACAUCAAAGCCUACUGUCAUUCCUAAACCGCUUCUGAAAUUCACUUCCAGUAGUAAGGUUGUUGCAAAGCCUGCAGUGCGCGUCACAGCCGGGCCCUCAUCUCAAGCACCAAUCAAAAUGGAAGUUGACGAAGUGGGCGCGCAAAAACGGAAACGAGAGGACGAUGAUUAUGAUAUG